AUGUCGGCCCCCCAGAACGAGGACGCAGUUUUCCAAAACCAAGUUGAGCAAGUCAAGCGCUGGUGGCAAGAGCCGCGCUUUGCGGGUGUGCAGCGUCCGUACACGGCCGAGGCUGUCGUGAGCAAGCGCGGUACCGUCGGCGUCGACUAUUUGUCGAACCAGAUGGCCAAGAAGCUUUACGCGUUGCUUUCAAAACGCUUCGAAGAGCACUCCACUUCGCACACCUACGGUGCUCUUGACCCCGUGCAGAUUACGCAGAUGGCCAAGUACCUCGAGACCGUCUACGUCUCUGGCUGGCAGAGCAGCUCUACCGCGAGCUCGACCAACGAGCCCGGCCCUGAUUUGGCAGAUUACCCCUACAACACCGUCCCCAACAAGGUCGAGCAUCUCUUCAUGGCCCAGCUCUUCCACGACCGCAAGCAGCAAGAUGCCCGCCGCCGGAUGACGCCUGAGGAGCGCCAGCGCACUCCCUACGUCGACUACAUGCGCCCCAUUGUCGCUGAUGCCGACACAGGCCACGGCGGUCUCACUGCCACCAUGAAGCUUGCCAAGCUUUUCGUCGAGAAGGGUGCCGCCGGUAUUCACAUUGAGGACCAGGCGCCGGGCACGAAGAAGUGCGGCCACAUGGCUGGUAAGGUGCUGGUCCCUAUUCAAGAGCACAUCAACCGUCUGGUUGCCAUCCGUCUCCAGUUCGACAUUAUGGGCGUCGACAACCUUGUCGUUGCGCGUACUGACUCCGAGGCGGCGACCCUCAUUACCACCAACGUCGAUGACCGCGACCACCCCUUUAUUCUCGGUACUACGAACGCCACCCUCGAGCCGCUCGUCAGUGUCAUGAACGCUGCGGAGCGCGCCGGGAAGCAGGGCGAUGACCUGCAGGCCACCGAGGACGACUGGGUGUCCAAGGCGAACUUGUGCCUCUUUAGCGAUGCCGUGAUCGAGUUCAUGGCCAAGAAUGGCAAGUCGGAGCAGGUCCAGAAGGAGUUCAAGGCUGGCUCUGCGCGCAUGAACAACACCCAGGCACGCGAGCUCGCCGCUACCUACGGUGUCACAGAUGCUUCUGGCUUCUACUGGAACUGGGAUGCUCCCCGUACCCGCGAGGGCUACUACCAGUACCGUGGCGGCACGCAGUGCGCUGUGAACCGCGCCAAUGCGUUUGCUCCUUAUGCAGACCUUCUCUGGAUGGAGACCAAGUCGCCCAUCCUCGCACAGGCCAAGGAGUUUUCUGAGGGCGUGCAUGCAGUUCACCCCAAGCAGUGGCUCGCAUACAACCUCUCUCCCUCGUUCAACUGGGACGCUGCCAAGCUCAGCGAGCAGCAGAUGAAGAACUAUGUGUGGGACCUCGGCAAGCUUGGCUUUGUCUGGCAGUUUAUCACCCUCGGUGGUCUGCAUUCGACCGCUUACAUCUCGGACCUCUUCGCCAAAGGCUUUGCGGAGGAAGGUAUGAAGGCCUACGUUUCCAUUGUCCAGCGCCGCGAGCGCGACAUUGGCUGCGACGUUCUCACGCAUCAAAAGUGGAGUGGCGCAGACUUUAUUGACAACAUGCUCAAGACGGUCACUGGUGGCGUUUCCUCCACCGCUGCCAUGGGCAAGGGUGUGACGGAGUCGCAGUUUGGCAAGUAA